GAGAGCAGCUUCCGGCGUCGCUGGUGUGGGUGGGUGAAGAAGGAGCGGGCCCUCGCCGCUCUGUCUCACUCUCUCUCGCGCUCUCUCGGGCAAUAUGGCGGGCGUGGAGGAGGCAGCGUCCUCCGGGAGCCACCUGAAUGGCGACUUGGAUCCAGACGACAGAGAAGAAGGAGCGGCCUCUACAGCUGAGGAAGCAGCCAAGAAAAAAAGACGGAAGAAGAAGAAGAGUAAAGGGGCUGCCACAGCAGGGCAACAGGAACCUGAUAAAGAAUCAGGAGCCUCAGUUGAUGAGGUAGCAAGACAAUUGGAAAGACAAGCAUUGGAAGAGAAAGAAAGAGAUGAUGACGAUGAAGAUGGAGAUGGGGAUGGAGAUGGAGCAGCUGGAAAGAAGAAGAAAAAGAAGAAGAAGAAGAGAGGACCAAAAGUUCAAACAGACCCUCCCUCAGUUCCAAUAUGUGACCUGUAUCCUAACGGUGUAUUUCCCAAAGGACAAGAAUGCGAGUACCCACCCACACAAGAUGGGCGAACAGCUGCUUGGAGAACCACGAGUGAAGAAAAGAAAGCAUUAGAUCAAGCUAGUGAAGAGAUAUGGAAUGAUUUUCGAGAAGCUGCAGAAGCACAUCGACAAGUUAGAAAAUAUGUUAUGAGCUGGAUCAAGCCGGGGAUGACAAUGAUAGAAAUCUGUGAAAAGUUGGAAGACUGUUCACGAAAGCUAAUUAAAGAGAAUGGAUUAAAUGCAGGCCUGGCAUUUCCUACCGGAUGCUCUCUGAAUAACUGUGCUGCCCAUUAUACUCCAAAUGCUGGUGACACAACAGUAUUACAGUAUGAUGACAUCUGUAAGAUAGACUUUGGAACACAUAUAAGUGGUAGGAUUAUUGACUGUGCUUUUACUGUUACUUUUAAUCCCAAAUAUGAUACAUUAUUAAAAGCUGUAAAAGAUGCCACUAACACUGGAAUAAAGUGUGCUGGAAUUGAUGUCCGUCUGUGUGAUGUUGGUGAGGCCAUCCAAGAAGUUAUGGAAUCCUAUGAGGUUGAAAUAGAUGGGAAGACAUAUCAAGUGAAACCAAUCCGUAACCUAAACGGACAUUCAAUUGGGCCAUAUAGAAUACACGCUGGGAAAACAGUGCCCAUUGUGAAAGGAGGAGAGGCAACAAGAAUGGAGGAAGGAGAAGUGUAUGCCAUUGAAACCUUUGGAAGCACAGGAAAAGGCGUUGUUCAUGAUGAUAUGGAAUGUUCACACUACAUGAAAAACUUCGAUGUUGGACAUGUGCCAAUCAGGCUUCCAAGAACAAAACACUUAUUGAAUGUCAUCAAUGAAAACUUUGGCACCCUUGCCUUCUGCCGCAGAUGGCUGGAUCGCUUGGGAGAAAGUAAAUACUUGAUGGCUUUGAAGAAUCUGUGUGACUUGGGCAUUGUAGAUCCAUAUCCACCAUUAUGUGACAUUAAAGGAUCAUACACAGCACAGUUUGAACAUACCAUACUGUUGCGUCCAACGUGUAAAGAAGUUGUCAGCAGAGGAGAUGACUAUUAAACUUAGUCCAAAGCCGCCUCAACAUCUUUUAUUUUCUAAGCUUUGUUGGAAUACAUUAUACCAGAAGUAAUUUGCAACAUGUUGUCUGUUUAACAGUGGACCUAUGUAAUGCUUUUAUCCAUGUUUAAAAAGGAAGGAAUUUGAUCGAAGGCAAACCAUCCAAUGUAAUUAGCCAAGGAAAAGGCUUUCAAGACUUUCAAAUGUUAACUGUUUUUUCCCAUCUAGGAAAUGCUAUAAAGCUCAAAUUAGUUAGGAAUGACUUAUACAUUUUUUGUUUGAACACCUAAGAGAUGCUUUUCAGAUAUUUAUAUUGCCAUAUUCUUAAUUGAAUGCUUUGAAUGACUACAUCCAAUUCUGCACCUAUACCCUCUGGUAUUGCUUUUUAACCUUCCUGGAAUCCAUUUUCUAAAAAAUAAAGACAUUUUCAGAUCUGAGAGCUAUA